CAUACAGAAACGACGAGAGAGAACAGACUCAGAAACCAUUCUCUUCCAUGUUGGAUUGAUUUCAACAAAGAAAUGGAAAUUUGGAGAGAAUAAAAAUCUCUUUCUCCUUUUUAUCAUUUCUAAGUUUUCUCGGUUUUGUUUGUUUCGACAGAAAGAGAAAGAAAGGGAAGCUGUGGACUGAUGGGAUUUUGUAUAUGUCCGUUGGAGACGCCGGCGAGGUUACUGUGGACUACGAGUUUCUUCCGCCAUAAGCUAAUGAUUUUCUAAUUAAUCGUUUUAGUGUUUGAUUUUGAGAAAAACCGAAAGAAAAUAAGAGAUAGGUUUAAUCCGGAGUUAAUACUUGUUUAGCAAUUUUGUCUCGAGUGACCGUCGCCGGAGAAUCUAUACUUCGCAGACCUGUACGCGUAGAUACAUAAGAACAGAGAGAUAGAAAAAGAAGGAGAAGAAGAAGAAAAGGAAGGUUGUUAUAGAUGGAUUCUGGCCGUCUUUUCUUCGAUCCUUCUACUUGCCAUGGAAACGUGCUCUUCCUCGGUAAUCACGAUUCCCUUUUCCGAGGUGGGAGAUCCGUUAUAAACAUGGAGGAAGCCUCAAGGAGGAGACCUUUCUUCAGCUCGCCGGAAGACAUGUUCGACGAGGAAUACUACGACGAGCAGCUGCCGGAGAAGAAGCGCCGCCUCACCCCUGAGCAGGUGCAUCUACUGGAGAAGAGCUUUGCGGCAGAGAACAAACUGGAGCCGGAACGAAAGACCCAGCUGGCUAAGAAGCUUGGGCUGCAGCCAAGACAGGUAGCUGUGUGGUUCCAGAACCGUCGGGCUCGCUGGAAAACUAAGCAGCUCGAAAGGGACUAUGAUCUUCUCAAAUCUUCUUACGAUUCUCUUCUUUCAAAUUAUGACUCUGUUGUUAAAGAGAACGAGAAGCUGAAAUCUGAGGUUCUUUCCUUGACUGUGAAACUUGAAGCUAAAGAAGUGAGCACAGAACCGGUGUUGGGUCAGAUAUCUAACCCGUCCGCAGCUGAAAUGGUCCAUGUUUCUGCCGUUCAACUCAGUGUGAAGGUUGAGGACCGUCUAAGUUCAGGCAGUGGUGAGAGUGUUGUUAUGGAUGAGGAAGGACCUCAGCUACUGGACAGUGGCGAUUCUUACUUUCCAAGCAAUGAGUACUCUGCAUGCGUAGGCACCGUUUCGAAGGAGGAUGAUGGUAGUGAUGAUGGCCGGAGUUACUUCUCACAUGUGUUUGUCGAUGCAGACCAGCAGCAGCACGAGGAGCACUUGGGCUUUUGGGUGUGGCAAUAAGUGGUUAUUCAAAUCUUCAAGCUACUUUAUUGUUUAUCUUUUGCCUCUACUGUCAUAUGCAUUGUAAUGGAUAAGUAGGUACUCAAAAGGACUUAUGGGUUAAAAAGAGAGGAUAAAAAUAAUAUGAAGAUGUUAUAUGGACACCCAUAUAGAUAUAUAUAUAUAUAUAUCUAUAUCUAUAUAUAUAUAUAUAUUAAAAAGGGGAAAAAUAAAGAAGUGGGAUCGGUGAGGCUCCGGAAUGUGGGGCUAACUUUAUGAAUAAAAUAGUACUUUGAGAAGUAAACUAACUGACUACUCGGCAGAUGUUCUGAUUAUCAGUAGGUCUUGGAGUUUGGGUUCACAAUCUGCAAGAAUAUAAAUGAAGAACAUCCUUCUAUUGUU